UCACUCUGAGGAAGAUUUUAACGUCGGACUAUUUUCUACCCGGUAGAGAAACGAUGUAACACAUAUAAAAACAAACUCCAGCACGAUGAGUCCUUGCAAGUUAGUUUUGUGCUGUGAAGUUAGUUUCCAGUUAAUAAACGAGCCGUGUUAUUAGAUGAUAUUUCAGUACAUGCGCAUACAGGCCAGAGUUUCCGGCAUCCGGUGAAACCUCCCCAGCCGAGAUUAGCUCAAGAGACAGCGGCGAGGAUGAGCGACGGCGGCUCGAGUAUGACGCCGAGAAUCGGCAGCAUGAAGACUUUGCUCGGGAUCGUCGCCGGUGCUGGGGCCUCUUAUGGGAUUUAUAAACUCAUAAGCGGGGGGAGCUGGAGGAGAUACAAGAGAAGCGGCGACAAUAGUGAAGGCUGUGCUUCAAGGGGCGGUCAAGGGAACCCUCGGCCGGAAAGCCUGCUUGCCAAAGUGUCUAGACUGGACCUUGUUUGUCCUCCAACUGAGAGAACUGAGCAUGCUUCAGAUGACAUCGUCGCCAAUUCUGCCGGAAACCUUGAGCCGAGGCACCUGAAAGCGCUGCUGACGCGUCUGCAGACGAGCGCUAACGCGCCAGAACGGUGUCGACUCUUGCUCACUUUAGGAAACGCUGCUGCUUUUACCGUCAACCAGAACGUUAUCCGCGAAUGCGAAGGGAUCCCCAUCGUUGGUGGCUUCCUCUCUGACCCUGCGUCAGAGGUUAAAGUGCAGACGCUGAACGCUUUAAAUAAUCUCUGCAUGAACAUCCAAAACCAGGAGCAGCUGAAGGUUUACGUGCCACAAGUGCUGGAGUUGAUCGAGAUGUCCCCGGUGAACUCCGACCUCCAGUCGGGUGCUCUGAGGCUGCUGACCAACCUUUCGGUGACGGACAAACACCAACACUUGCUCAAGGGUUCUGUGACGCUUUUACUCUCUCUCGUGGUGGUGGGUGAUGCAGCGUUGCAGGUUCAGACCUUGAAGGUUCUUGUGAAUUUGUCAUCUAAUCCCGACAUCAUGGACGAUAUUGUUCAGGCUCAGGCCCCGGCUUCCGUCGUGCUGCUGUUCGACGCGCAAACGGCGCCGGCGGUGCUCCUGCGGCUGCUGACGUUCGCGGGCAACCUGAAGGCGUGGAGACCUUCGGCGCAGGCGGCCGACGAACUGAGGCGCAAGCGCGACUGCCUCUUCCGGGUCAUGCUGGACGACGAGUCGGAGCUGCACGGGCGACUGGUCAAGCUGCUCUCCCACCCCGACAGGGAGAUUCAAGUGCAGUGCCGCCUGGGAUGCGAAGGCCUCACGCUUGAAGGCACCGAAGAGCCUUCGCAGGAAUCCAGUUUGAAACAAAUGCGGGCGUUGGAACUGCGAUGAGCGAUUUUUGACGGGAUUCCAAUCACGUUUGUCGGAUUACAGCCGAGAGUGGACGUUACCCGCAAGUCUCGUUAAGUACUUGGUGGAACGCGCCGGGCGGUUUAGCCGAAGGCCUGCAGGAUCCGGAAAGUGUCACGACUUGUGGCGAAAUAUGUAUACGUUGACGCUGUUGACUUCCGUCUCUCGGGAACUGAUCUAGCGGGAGACUUUUCGCUUAUUUAUUGAUUGAUGUAGGCAGCAGUGCUGUGUUGAAUGAAAUAUUUUUAUGCGUAAAUAUUUCAAUAAAUGCGCUACAUAUGAACAACA